CUCUUCUCCUCAUCUUCAGAUUAAUCUAAUAGUUCGAUUUUACAAGGAUUUUUCACCCACUGUGUCUACUUAUCGCCAUCCUGUUCUUCCCCUCGAGGUAGGAUAGAGAAAGCCAGCAAAAGAAGAACAGAAAGGAGUUUACUAGAUGGCUAGAUAGAUGCUUGUUUCCACUACUGCUCAUGUGCAAUUCCAUUAGCAUGGUCAAAAGGAAGAUCUUAUAAAAGAAGCUAAUUUCUUAAUUUGAUCGAUUAGCUUCUCAAACAUUUCCCACUCCUCCUCAACUUGAUCAGUACUGAGCAAGAUCAUGUGUGACUACUUCAAUCGAAGGAUGGAGAAGAGCCAAGGAGACCUCGCCGACAUCGUCCGAAACCGAGGCCUCAUCAGCCCGCCGGAGUCCGCCAACGAACUGCUCGGCGCCGCCAACAGUUGGCAGUUUCUUCCGGAGCCAUCCGCAGUCUUCCCGAGGUUGGAUGACAAAGUGUUCGGAGGAGACUCCUUGGCUGAUGCGGCAGACCCACUGCUCCAUGAAUUGGCUCGAACAAGCUUCUUCGACUCAACAGAGGCCAGCGGCGUGCAGAAGAAGAUGCUUUGGGAGGAAGGAAAUCGGCCCAACGGAAGUCUGCUCGCAAGAAUGCCUCAGAUUUCUCUGGGGAAGGGAAAGGGGUCACCGGUGAUCGGACCCCCGCAACUAUUAGCACCCGGGGGCGGCGGCCCGGUCGAGAUCUCAUCACCAAGAUUAAUUGCAGGGAUUAAGAGAAGGAAAAGUCAAGCAAAGAAGGUGGUUUGCAUCCCAGCUCCAGCUGCAGCAAGUGGUAGGCCAAGUGGAGAGGUUGUCCCUUCUGAUCUAUGGGCUUGGAGGAAAUAUGGUCAAAAGCCAAUCAAAGGGUCUCCUUACCCAAGAGGCUACUACAGAUGUAGUAGCUCAAAAGGAUGUUCAGCGAGGAAACAAGUGGAAAGAAGCCGGACAGAUCCUAACAUGCUGGUCAUCACCUACACUUCAGAGCACAACCAUCCAUGGCCAACUCAGAGAAAUGCUCUUGCUGGAUCUACGAGAUCUCAUCCUUCAAAAACCAACAACGCUUCUUCAACUUCCAGGAGUUCUCUUCACAACCACAAGCAAUUUACAGACAUGAAGGAAGAACCUAAAGAGUGUUCAAGCUCAAAUAACUCUUCAUUACAUGUAAAAGAAGAAGCUCAUGAGGAAAAGGAAAAGGCUUUGACUGAUCACCAAGAUCAUAAUGAUUUCGAUAGUGUGUUCGACGAGAGCAGCUUCAAUGAGCAGAUGAUGUCAAAUUUGAACCAGCCUGACAACUUCUUUGCAGAUUUGGCGGAGCUUGAUCCCGAUCCAAUGAACAUUAUCUUCCCUAAGGGAUUCAUGGGAGAUAAAUUAGAAGAGGAGAGGGAUAACAACAAUAACAGUAAGGCAAUGGAUCCUUUCAUUAUGUUUGAUUGGGGAGAAGGGAACAUAUUUGGAGAAGCAAAGAGAGGUUUAUAACAAGACCUUGGAACAAACACCUUUUUCUACAUGAGGUUAUAGAUUUGUUUAAGGUCUGUCUAUAAACCUUUUCCAUAUAUAUUUUCAAGUAAUGUUUCUCACAUAGAUAAAAUUAAUAUAUUUUUCUAUAUAGCAUGCUAUGUAUGAGAGUAUUGUAGUGAAUGAGAAGA